UGGCGGCAACUAUCGCUAUCGAUAAGAUUGGGCGCAGAGUCAACUGUCAUUUAGCUGAGGAAUGUCAACGAAGUAGGCGCUGCAUUACCAAUUAAUUUAAACCCCAACUCAUAACAUUGAUAUACAAAAUCGAAUUACAAAAAAAAACUAGAAAAAUAAAAAAAAAACCAAAAAAAAACAUAAAAAACGCUGCAGCUAAAUCGCAAAUUAUGGCUAUGCAUUGGGAUGUUAAGUGCGAUGGUUGCGACAAGACGCAUCUGAUCCACUACAGAUACAAAUGCCUGCGCUGCGCCAAUUACGAUCUGUGCGCCAUGUGCUAUGAGAACAAGGUGGAGACGGGACGACACAGCAGCAAUCAUCCAUUCCAGUGCCUGCUGGAUCGGGCUGCGCGCGAGCUGUUCUUUGCCGGCGAGGAGAUACCGGAUCUGUGCGCGGACAGCUUCACGUGCCCCUUCUGCGGCAAGAUGGGCCAUGCCGUCAAGGAGCUGGUGAAGCAUGUCCAGGCCAAGCAUCGCGGCGACAAUACGCCCGUCAUCUGUCCGCUCUGUAUCGCUGUGCCCGCGGCGGACACGGUGCGCAUGAACAAUCUGGUGAACCAUGUCUCCCUCAUGCAUGGCACGGGCAUUUUGCGCAUCGGCGGCGGCGCUGGCAGCACGCCAGUGCGCACCACCGGCUUCGAGCUGCCGCCGCUGGGCGCGGUGGGGCAGCCGCAGGGGCACGAGAGCGAAAUAGCCGGACACGGCUUGCGCAGUCGCAGCCCACCGCCAGAUCCGGCACGCUUCGGACUGGCUGGCAUCCAAUGGCCGAUGGCCGGCCAUAGCUUGGGCAGCAGCGCCUCCCAGGAGGAGGACUUCUAUCCGGACUCGUGGCUGCCAGAGCUGAGCAGCCUCAGCGGCAGCAUGCACACCAUGCGCGACACCGAUCUGGAUCUGGGCAGCCUUGUCGACCAUCCGCAACAGUUGCGCCGCGGCACGCCACUCGCUCUGCUGCACCAGGAUCAUCAGAGCCACAGCCAGCGGCUCACUCAGACUCCGCCUGAGCCGCCGCUCGCCGUCGAGGAGGACUUCAGCGACAUCGAGCCCGAUGACAUUGCCGGCAACGAGCCGACCUCAUCCAUCUAAGCGCUGCCCAUUGCUGUCACUUCUUUCAGUUUUGUUCAAAAUUCAUGUUUCAAUCGUUUCUUCGUAGCGCAAGCAUUCUUUUCUUAACCAACUACCCAACACUAGAUCAGCUUUACCUAAUAAAUAAUAUGCGUAUGAAUGUGUAAACUA